AUGAGUGGGGAAGAAGAGGGCACUCGCAUUUUAGAUUUUGAUGACUUUGAGAAUAUGGUUGAAGAUGAAGAUGAUUUGGGAGAUGAUGUUCACAUACUUGGAGUUAGUGGCCAAGGGAGAUUUGGUAGUGUAAAUGCAACUUCAAAGACUAGGCCUUUGGGGUCUAUGACUAAGGAAUCAAGGAAUUUUUUUAUGGCAAAACACCCUCAUUUAACUUGGACCCCGUGUGCUGCCCACUGUUUGGAUUUGAUUUUGGAAGAUAUUGGAAAGUUGUCGGUUAUAAGUAAAACAAUUGAAAGGGCUAUUGCACUAACAAGAUAUAUUUAUAAUCAUUCAGGGUUGUUAAAUUUAAUGAGGAAGUACACAAACCAAAGAGAAUUACUCCGGCCAGCAAAGACCCACUUUGUCACUUCCUUUCUCACUCUGCAAAGCAUUUAUAAACGGAAGAAGAACUUGAGAGAUCUUUUUAAUUCAAAGGAUUGGAAUGAAAGCAAGUGGGUGAAGGAAAUAAAGGGGAGAAGGUUAGGGGAGAUGGUGAUGAUGCCCACUUUUUGGAACAACAUCAUCUUCACACUUAAGGCGUGUAGUCCACUUGUGCGGGUUUUGAGAUUGGUGGACUGUGGGAACAAGCCUUCAAUGUGUUACGUUUAUGAAGCCAUGGAUAGGGCAAAGGAAGCCAUUGCAAGUGCAUUUAGUGGACACGAGGAAAAAUAUAAACACAUUUUUGAAAUCAUUGAUAAGAGGUGGGAGUGUCAACUCCACCAACCAUUGCACGCAGCAGGCUUCUAUUUAAAUCCAGAGUUUUACUAUGAUGAUGCUGAAAAGAUUAAUUCAGAUGAAGAAGAAACCAUCACUAGGCUCUAUAAAGUAAUUGAAUUGUUUGAGAAGGACAAAAACAAGAUCAAUGCAAUCAUUGAUGAGAUAAACAAAUAUAAAAAUGCAGACGGUGUUUUUGGUCUUGAUAUGACUAUUUGGCAGAAAAAGGUGAAAGUAGUUGAUGUCACUGACCCUAUAUCUUUGAAAGAUAUAGAUGAAAGUAACGAAUGGUUAUUAGGGGAGAUGGCACGUGAAGUUAGUGGAGUUGAAAAUGAUUUGGUAUUAGACGAUGAUUCUUUAACAUGGGGAGAUGUGGCUCUUGCUUUGGGAGUCGAAGAGCCAAUAAGGAACACAAGAAAUAGAGGUUCAAGUGUAACUUCAAUUUCUCAUGCAAGAGCAACAACAUCAACCAAUGCAAGAAGGUCUAGAGGGGGUUCAAGUUCUCAACUUCGUUUGGAAAAUGAAGAAUUUGAGGAAGAAGAAUCGGGAGAGGCAUUGGGAGACUAUAAUUCUGAUGAGGAUGAUGAAGUUGAACUUCCAAAUGGAGAAGAUGAUGAGGAAGACGAUUAUGGAAAUGAAGAGUUUAUGUGUGACACUUGUAGAGUAAUUUAUUUCAGCCAACUUGUUUUACAGGCUUGA